CAGAUGAUAUGCGAGUGUGUGGAUGUGAUGCUGCUGUAAAAGUGUUUUUAAACCCCUUGGACCUCAGCCAGCCGAGCAUCCAAAACUACAACUCACACUCCACAGCACCCGGCAAAACCAUGCAAGAGAGGCUGCCGUUUCGUGGGAUUCGGCCGAGCAAAGGUGACGGGGGGUUUAUGUCUGCCAGUCAACCGGCGAGACACACCAUGCUCCUGCUAUUGGCACUGCUGCUCAUUUCUUAUGGUGUUGGCAAUGCUCAUUGCUUGAUAGUUCCUGAUAACAACACGGACAUCCUCUCGUUGCUAGAUUUCAAGCGGGCCAUCACCAACAAUCCAAGGCAAGCUUUGAGCUCUUGGAACACUAGCAUCCCACAUUGCCAGUGGGAGGGCGUCAACUGCAGCCUGACGCACUCAGGCCGAGUCACCGUGGUGAACCUCCCCAACCUAGGCCUGUCUGGCCCAAUUUCCCCAUCCCUCGGGAACCUAACGUUCCUUGAGAUACUGGACCUGUCCAGAAAUCGAUUCACUGGCGAGUUACCUCCUCUCAACAGUCUCCGUAGACUGCAACAACUCGUGCUCCGGGAUAACUUAUUGCACGGGGUCAUUCCAGAUUCCAUUACCAAUUGUUCCAAACUACAAAUCAUAGCCCUAGGUAUUAACUUGCUAGUAGGUGAAAUUCCUCCCAAUAUAGGCCUCCUAUCCAAUCUAUUGAUCUUGGAGCUUGCCUCUAACAGUCUCACCGGUACAAUCCCACCAAGUCUAAAAAACAGUAGUCUUCUUGGAAACAUCAUUCUUGGAGAUAAUAAGCUCACGGGUACCAUUCCCGAUGAGAUCGGGCAAUUCUCAAAUCUGAUGGGUUUGGCCCUUGGUGGAAACAGGCUAUCUGGUGGAAUACCAGAAACCCUGUACAAAUACAACCAGUCAUAUCUCACGACUCUAGACUUAGGUAUCAAUAUGCUAGGGAAAACAUUGCCAUCUAACUUUGGCGAAACCCUACCGAGUCUCGUAUACCUCGCACUGAACCACAACAAUUUUGAAGGUCAUAUUCCGGCUUCACUAGGUAACAUUUCAGGGUUAAAGUCGUUAGAACUUUCAUUCAACAACUUCAUUGGUCAAGUUCCAAGUUCUCUUGGUAGGCUUGGGAUUCUGAAUUUUCUAAACCUUCAGAAAAACAAGCUCGAAGCCAAGAAUAUUGAAAGCUGGGAAUUCAUAGGCGCGUUAAGCAACUGCAGUUCCCUACAAACUCUCGGACUAGGUGAUAAUAAGUUACAUGGAGCUAUACCAAAUUCUAUUGGUAAGCUGUCACCCGUACUUCAAAAGCUAAGAAUGGACGGAAACAACUUGUCAGGGCCAGUUCCUACUAGCAUAGGAAACCUAAGUGGCUUACAACUACUAGAUCUAAGUUACAACAUGCUGAACGGCCCCAUCAAAGCAUGGGUUGGGAAGUGGGAAAAUCUAACGACUCUGGCGCUUGCUGGAAAUAGUUUCACCGGCCUAAUACCAUCAUCUGUCGGCAAUUUAACUAAGUUGGUAAAUGUCAAUCUAGCAGAAAACGAAUUUGAAGGUCCGAUACCACCUAGUAUGGGAAAUCUUAACAUGCUCGCAGUGUUGAAUCUUAGUUAUAACAAUCUGCAGGGUAACAUUCCUAAGGAGCUCUUUCACACUGCCUCUUUACUUAUAAAAUGUUCACUGUCCUACAAUAAGUUAGAAGGUCCUAUAGCAUCAGAGAUUAGAAAUCUUAAACAUCUAAACGAACUAUAUCUUUCUUCCAAUCAGAUUACUGGUGACAUUCCAACUAGUUUGGGAGAUUGUCAAGAUUUGACUAUAAUUGAGAUAGAUCACAACUUUCUCACUGAAAGCAUUCCAGCGACUUUGGGUGACCUACCGACCCUGAAAAUGCUAAAUCUUUCCCACAACAAUUUAUCAGGACUCAUCCCAAUAGAGCUGGGUGGCCUACAGGAGCUCACUCAGCUGGAUCUGUCUUAUAAUAAUCUGGAAGGUGGAGUACCAAGCAACGGAGUGUUUGGAAAUGCCAGUUCCGUCUCACUACGAGGCAACUCGAGACUUUGUGGAGGAAUGUUGGAUCUGCCCCAAUGUCCCACUGUCACUCGGAGAAAAGAAACACAGUACUACCUGAUUAGAGUACUCAUUCCAGUAUUUGGUUUCAUGUCAGUAGUACUGUUGGUCUAUUUCUUGCUCACUGAGAAGAUGGCAAGACCAAACCAAUCGGUUCCUCCUUUCAGUGAACAUCUCAAAGUUUCUUACGAUGAUUUAGCUCAAGCUACACAGAACUUCUCCGAGAGUAACCUCAUUGGAAGAGGAGGCUAUGGUUCGGUUUACAGAGGGAAAUUGGUUCAAGGAAAACUAGAAGUGGCAGUGAAGGUGCUUGACCUUGAUAUGCACGGCGCGGAGAAAAGUUUCUUGUCGGAGUGCGAAGCACUGAGAAACAUUAAGCAUCGUAAUCUUGUUCCUAUCCUAACGGCAUGCUCUGCGUUGGAUAUGGAAGGCAGUCUUUUCAAAGCUCUCAUUUAUGAAUUCAUGCCAAAUGGAAACCUGGACACAUGGUUGCAUCAUAAAGCCGAUGGGAAAUCUAAGAAGCAUCUAGAUAUAACUCAGAGGACAAACAUAAUUGUUAACAUCGCUGAUGCUUUAGAUUAUCUGCACAAUGAUAGCGGAAGCAGGUCGAUUAUCCAUUGUGAUGUGAAGCCGAGCAAUAUCCUCCUUGAUGAUGAUAUGACUGCUCACUUGGGAGACUUUGGUAUUGCGAGCAUCUAUCAUGGAUCGGCAACAACCGGCGAUUCAAGUACAGUUUCGUUCGGUGUCAAGGGAACUAUUGGGUACAUUGGUCCGGAGUAUGCUGGAGGAGGGAAUCCAUCGACUUGCGGCGACGUUUACAGUUUUGGAAUUGUAAUUCUGGAGAUGCUAACUAACAAAAGGCCAACAGAUCCUAUGUUUGAGGACGGACUCAAUAUUGUCAGCUUCGUGGAGAGGAGUUUCCCUGAUCAGAUACUGCAAGUCACUGAUGCUGUUCUUCUAGAGGAAAACAAACCCUAUACAGUUUCAAAUAAAGUAGCAGAGAGCGAGUUCCACCAGUGCUUGUGCCUUCUGGUGGAGGUUGCACUUUCUUGCACACGUCAACACCCAAGUGAGCGGAUAAGCAUGAGACAAGCAGCUGCCAGGCUGCGUGCAAUCAAGGCGCCAUAUGUCAAAUGAAAAGCCAAAUGAGGUGCUUAGCCACAAUAUUAUCAGCAAGCCAAGGAAAACACGUCCACAUAUAUAUCUACAUUUCUUUUUCUGUUUUUUGAAACUCUCUACAUUUCUUUUUCUUUGUUACAAGACGGGAACGGGUUUUUUUUAACUAGAUGAAGUAAAUUUCCGGCUGUGCGGUUAUAUUGGAGAAUAAAGCUGUCAGCUAUGUUUAUAACUUC